UCAUAUGUGUAGCGGCCAACCGGGAAAGUUGGCUUUCGCUAAUAUCACAGGCUAAUAUAAAUUGGUGAUAAAUUAAUUAAAACUACCACGAAACAGUUAAAUUAAGUGUUUUCUGUGCCUCUUGGACGAACCGGCGAUUUGUGAGAUAAUAAACCAUCGGCCAUAUGACGCGAGCGCAUCACAACGAACGACUCCAUUUUGUAUAAACAGACAGGCAAACAGACAUAAUGUCUUCAAAGGCGAUAUACGAGGCGGCCGGCAAGGAUCUUAUAAAUAGGCACAUAGCCCCCGGCACUGCAUUGGUGCCAUGCAGGUACGCUGUCUUCGAACAGGGGACGAUAUGGGAAGACGAACUGGGCAAAAACCCCUGGUUGACUAAGGAGCAACUGGUCGUAAAACCUGACCAGCUGAUCAAACGGCGAGGCAAACUGGGCCUCGUGGGCGUCAACAAGAACGCCGCAGAAGUGAGGAAAUGGAUCAGCGAGCACUCGGGCAAGGAGCAGCAGGUCGGCGCCGCGGUGGGCAAGCUGAGGCGGUUCGUGGUCGAGCCGUUUGUUAAGCACGAAGCGAACGAAGAAAUGUACCUCUGCAUCCAGUCAGGCAGACGCACAGACACGAUAAUGUUCCACCACCAGGGCGGUGUGGAUGUUGGCGAUGUGGACGCGUUGGCUAUACGGCUUGAUAUUCCCGUGGAUACUUUUCCCACUGGUGAAGAAAUUGACCGCGUGCUGCUGAAAAACAUCAAAUCCGCUACGAUUAAGAGGAUACUAACUACGUUCAUACUAUCGCUAUACCGCGUGUUCGUCGAUCUAUACUUUACGUAUAUGGAAAUUAAUCCCAUAGUAAUCACAAAUGAGCGGUUAUAUCUCUUAGAUUUGGCGGCAAAAUUGGAUCAGACCGCUGAUUUUAUUUGUGCCAAGAAUUGGGGCGAGAUUGUAUUCCCGCCGCCGUUCGGAAGGGACGCGUACCCGGAGGAGGCGCAUAUAGCGGAUUUGGACGCGAAGAGUGGAGCUAGCUUGAAGCUAACGGUGCUAAACAAGUCCGGUCGUAUCUGGACCAUGGUGGCUGGUGGCGGUGCGUCCGUUGUAUACACGGACACAGUAUGUGCUUUAGGCGGCGCGGGCGAGCUCGCCAACUAUGGAGAGUACUCGGGCGCUCCCACUGAGAGCCAGACCGCUGAUUAUGCGAAGACUAUUUUUAGUUUGAUGUGCAGGGAUAGACAUCCUAAUGGCAAGGUGCUAAUCAUAGGCGGUGGUAUAGCCAAUUUCACGAACGUGGCCGACACAUUCCGGGGCAUCAUCACGGCGAUAGAAACUUACAAGGACGCCUUACUGCAGUACAACGUGACCAUAUUCGUGAGGAGGGGUGGACCUAACUAUCAGGAGGGGUUGAGGCAAAUGCGCGAAGUGGGCCACCGUCUCCGUAUACCGAUGUACGUGUUCGGCCCGGAAUCGAACAUGACGGCCAUAGUUGGCCUCGCGCUCGGACAAGCGCCGAUACCGCCCGACCACCAGCUCGACUAUGCGCCGAAACAGUUGCCUAAGCCGGAGAAAUCGCCAGCGCCACAAAUCGAGCUGCCAGAACUCACAAACCAACUCCUGGACCUGGUCUGCUCACAAGCGCCGACCAGAAUGGACCUGGGCCAGCAGACGUCGACCGCACGACCGCUGUUCAGUGACAGGACCAAGGCGAUCGUUUGGGGCAUGCAGAAUAGAGCUAUCCAGGGCAUGCUCGACUUCGACUACAUAUGCCGUCGCGCGGAACCGUCCGUCGUGGCGAUAGUGUAUCCGUUCACGGCUGAUCAUAAGCAGAAAUAUUACUUCGGGAACAAGGAAGUUUUUAUACCUGUAUUCUGUGACAUGGACGUAGCAAUGCGGAAGCAUCAAGAGGCGACGGUUUUGGUCAACUUUGCGUCUUUGAGAUCGGCUUAUGAUAGCACUAUUCAGGCGAUGCAACAUCCACAAAUAAACACGGUCGUUAUCAUUGCUGAGGGAAUCCCCGAGAACAUGACUAGGAAAAUCAUCAAAUUGGCCGAUGCCAGAGGCGUGAACAUAAUCGGGCCGGCCACAGUGGGUGGAAUUAAGCCUGGUUGCUUCAAAAUUGGCAACACAGCCGGCAUGAUCGACAAUAUCAUUGAUAGCAAGUUGUAUAGACCUGGCAGCGUGGCCUACGUGUCCCGUUCCGGAGGUAUGAGUAACGAACUGAACAACAUUUUGUCGAAAAACGCGGACGGCGUUUGUGAAGGUGUCGCUAUCGGCGGUGACAGGUAUCCGGGGACCACGUUCAUUGAUCAUCUGUUGAGAUUCGAAGCGGAUCCGAACGUGAAGAUGCUAGUGCUGCUCGGCGAAGUGGGCGGUGUGGAGGAGUACCACGUGUGCCGCGCGAUACGGGACGGGCUCAUCACCAAACCCAUGGUCGCUUGGUGUAUCGGCACUUGUUCCGACAUGUUCACGUCCGAAGUACAGUUCGGUCACGCGGGUUCGCUCGCGGGCUCUGCGCUAGAAAAAGCAGCUGCUAAGAACGCGUCGCUCAAACAGUACGGCGUCACCGUGCCCGCGUCGUUCGACACGCUCGGUGACGCUGUGAGACAGGUGUACGACAAAUUGGUGAAGGAGGGAAAAAUUAUCGUCAAAGAGGAGGUCGAGCCUCCGAAAGUGCCGAUGGACUACGACUGGGCCAGGAAACUCGGUCUGAUCCGCAAACCGGCCGCGUUUAUAAGCACAAUAUGCGACGAGCGUGGCCAAGAGCUGAGCUACUGCGGUGUGCCGAUCAGCCAAGUGCUCGAGCGGCAGUUGGGCGUCGGCGGCACUAUCAGCUUACUGUGGUUCCAACGCGAACUGCCCGAGUGGGCCUGCAAGUUCUUCGAGCUAGUUCUCAUAGUGACAGCUGACCACGGACCGGCUGUGUCCGGGGCCCACAACACUAUGGUCACCGCUCGGGCCGGCAAGGAUCUCAUCUCGUCUGUUGUCUCUGGCCUGCUGACCAUCGGAGAUCGUUUCGGCGGUGCGCUAGACCGGGCCGCGUUGGAUUUCUGCGCCGCGUACGACAAGGGACAACACCCGCAGGAGUUUGUCAACGAGAAGCGGGCUAAAGGGGAACUUAUUAUGGGCAUUGGACAUAGAGUCAAAUCGAUAAACAACCCGGACUCCCGAGUCCGCGAACUCAAGGCCUACGUGACAGCCCGUUGGCCCGCGUGGCCCGUCACUAGAUACGCGUUGGACGUUGAAGCGAUAACAACACGCAAGAAGCCCAACCUCAUACUGAACGUGGACGGAAUAGUUGCAGCGGCCAUGGUCGACCUGUUCCGGCACUGCCAGCUGUUCUCGCAGGAGGAGGGCAACAACUACAUACAAAUGGGCUCCAUAAACGCGCUAUUCGUGCUCGGUCGUACUAUCGGUCUGAUCGGCCAUUAUCUCGACCAGAAGCGGAUGAAACAACCCCUUUACAGACACCCUUGGGACGAUAUCACGUACAUGUCCCCUUUGAACUAAAUAUAUCACAUGAGUGCAUAUAUAGUACAUGGAUAAAGAUUUAUCAACUAGGAACGUAAACUCAAACUCAAACAUUUAUUUAUUCAAUUAGACUUCUUUUAGAAUCACUUUUGAAUUGUCAUUUUAACAUUUACGUGGGCACGUUCUUACCUAAUUUGGUACAGAAACAACAAUAUAAAUUCAAAAAAAAAUUGUUUAGUUACAUAUUCUUUUGGUGAUUUAAUCAUAAAUAUAGUUUUUUAUAGCAUCUUAUUGAUAUAAAUAACCGCGUUCUUUUCAUAAAUACCUACAAAAACUUGCAAUGACAAAAUGACAUUGUUUUUAACGUGUCUUGUACUUUUAAUAUUGGAACCGAUUUGUAUGAAGCUUUGUCUCUGUACUAUAUAUUUACUCAAAUGGUUCUAAAGUAAUACGACGUAGUUCCGACGUUCGCCGCUAGAUGGCGCUGUAAUAAAAAAAAUGUGUAUUUCGAAUAUUUUUUGUCUGGUGCUUUUUUUAUAGUAACAAAUAUUAUGUACUUUUAACUUGACACUGGCAAAUACUUUUGCAUUUUAAGAAAAAGAAAACUUUAAAUUUGGUAGUUAUUUUUAUUGUAAUUUUAUACAGCGCCAUCUGUUCGCGAAGUUGGAACAACAUACUAUAGUAUAAAGUAAAAAUAUUUUGGGGAAUAUUUAAUGUAUAAAUGCACUUAAUUUCGCUACAAUUCAAAUACAAUAUAAUUCUAUAUUAUAUACUGUUGUAACAUUUCUCGGAAAGUAAAAAUUUGUGUGAAAAUAUUGCAUUCUCUAACAUUCCUUACCUUUCGUCGCGGCCACGAACAUUCCUUUGAAUUGUAGCGAGUACAGAUUACUAAGAAUUUUUGACAGAUAAAAAAAAAUAUUUUUUGAUAGUUGACGUUUCGUUUUUUUUUUAAUAUAGAUAAUAUUGUGGUUAAGACACUUGACAUUUUAGUUAUAGAUUAAAAAAAUAUAUGUAAUGAUGUAGUUAAAUUUAAGCUAUGUAUGGGCUGGCGGGUUUUGCGUACCUCAAAAUAUAGAACGCUCAUUUAUUUAUUUAAAUGCAAAAUUUAUCUAAUGUCGUGCGCUGUUUACGAAACUUAGGUUUUAUAUAAAUUUAAAAAAUUAAAAAAAUACGUGCACAAAAUAUAUUUAGAAAUUACACUUAGAUGCGUUCUCAUAAAAGUUUAAAAAUGAGUACAUAAAUGUAAUUUUUUUUUCAUAAGCAAAAUACAUCGAAGUUGUUUUUAAUUGUUUGUUCGUAAUAAAUCUAAUCUAAAAAUUGAAACAUUCGAAACUGUUUUUUUUUUAUGUUUGACAUUUCAUUUGCCGCCAAAAUUGACGAAUAAAAAAUAUAUAUAAAAAAUAUAUGGACGCUUUUCAUACAUUAUUCGAUUCGUAUUUAUAGUAAUCUCAGUAAUGGCCGUCAUAAUAGUUAAUUUUAUUUAGAAUGCAUAUUAUAAUAAUAUGACGUCGAGGUAGUUGUAAGUCGUACCUUGUUUAAUCUUUAAUUUAUUGGUAUAUUUGUGAAAAUGGUUGGUAGGUAUAUGUGUAAAUAUUGGAUUUGUCAAUUUAAUUUGAAUAUAUUUUUAUUUGCUGUA